AUGGAGAUAGAGUCUCUAGUAGCCCUAGCGCACAGCUGCGCGACGGAGGCGCUACAGUCUUACAAGAAUAUGAUCUGCUCUGCAACCGCGGGGUCUCAGAAUGAACAGCAGGCGGCUGUGGUACUCAAACAAGAGGCUUCCCUCACGUUUUCCAUGGAAGGGGUCAUCAAGAAUUUGAAGGUUCUUCAGUCCAUACACGGCAUACUGCGGAUACUCAACGCUGUUGCAGAUCAGGGUAUCGAUGAUCACGAUGGCGGUAUGGAGCUAGAACCAGAAGAGGAGGUCCAUGGCUAG